UGAGGGACGCCGCACUAUGGAAGCCAGUCUCCCAGCGUACGCAACCGCGGCCGCUGACGUAUGUAGUCACGUGGUUUUUGGCGUCGCUCCCCCUGUGCUCGUGCAUUUUUUUUCGGCUGUUGUCUUUAGGGUUCGGGUAGAUUCUGUACAAUUACACACACCGCUGUGUCCAGGCUGCAUUAGGGACAGUAGCCACUUCUGGAGCCGAACUGUCCCCUAGUGGUUCACCCUGCACCGCGGACAGAUUGUGUGGCCUGGGAUGAAGUCUCAUGAAGUCGCUCACUGCAGCUGACGUUAAAAGUCAGCAGAAAAAUUUUAUUUUCUCAGACAGAGAACCAUCAAUAUUUCACCGACAGUCCUUCAUCAAGGCUGCACUGUCGCAGUCUCACGAUAGGCCAUGGCCAGUCGAAGAAAGUCAACCACCCCCUGCAUGAUCAGGCAGAAUGACUUGGUUGAUGAGGAUAUGGAUGACUGUGUAGACAGCACAAUGGAAAAUGGAUCUUCAGAUGUUCCUUCUGGUGAGAACGAGACGGAUGAAAAAAAUACAGAGAUUGAGAUGACUGAUCCAGAAAAGCCUGAGACAGAAAUUGGGCCACAGAAAAAAGUACAAGGAGGCUACGAGUGCAAAUACUGUACCUUCUCCACACAGAAUCUUAAUGAGUUCAAGGAACAUGUAGAUUCCAACCAUCCUAACGUAAUUCUUAAUCCUCUUUACCUGUGUGCCGUUUGCAACUUUAACACAAAAAAGUUUGAUUCCUUGACCGAACACAAUGAGAAAUGCCAUCCUGGAGAGAGCAAUUUUAAGUUCAAGCGAAUUAAACUAAACAGUCAGACCAUCCUGGAGCAAACGAUUGAAGGAUCAAGCUGUGCAUUCACAUAUGAUGCAACUAGUCCCCAGUCUCAAAAUGACUUUUCCACCUUGAGUAAAUCCACAGCAGUAAAGUUUAGUAAACCAAAAAGUGAUGGCAAGCGCAUAUUAGUUGAUGUUCAAAUGGACAAACUCAUCCCAGAGCUACCCAAAAAACAAAUAACUGCAGUCAACGUAAAUGGAACCGUUAUAAUCCCAGAAGCAACACUAAAAGAUGGCCUUUCGCACAUAAUGCCAUCCCUGCAGCGUCCACCUAACUACAGUUCAGUACCAAAAAUUGCUGUCCCUCUGAACACCUCAAAAUAUAAUGCAUCCCUGGAUGGCAACCUGACUCUCAUUACUUCUUUUAAUAAGUUCCCAUACCCUACACAAGCUGAGCUGUCGUGGCUCACUGCAGCUUCUAAGCACCCGGAGGAACAAAUAAAAGUCUGGUUUAUGACUCAAAGGCUAAAACAAGGCAUCAGCUGGUCUCCGGAAGAGGUUGAGGAGGCACGUAAGAAAAUGUUCAAUGGUACAAUUCAGCCUCUUCAGCAAGCAUUUACUGUCUUACCUGCCAACUUAACCCAAUCCACAAAAGCCUCCCAGAAUCUUAUUCAGACAGUUCUUGGACAGUCCAGCUUGGUAUUGACACCAGUUGCCAAUGGAUCUAAUGCAGUGUCUGCUCCCAUUGCAUUAACAGUUACGAAUCAAGCAGCGAAGGCUGUUAAAAGACCCCUCAUGUCCCCCAUUUCUCCCCAUGAGUUAAAGAGGCCUUCAAUAAUCCAAACAGUCCAGAACACUUCUAAAGCUGCCUCACCAACACAAAAUAUUUCCUCAGAGUGCAAAAAAACUCCAGAACAGAUGAAAGAGCUAAUGGCUAGCUAUAAUCUGUGCCAGUUUCCUGAUGAUGAAGAAGUGUAUCGCCUUAUUGAGGUGACUGGACUUUCAUGGGGAGAGAUCAAAAAGUGGUUCAGUGAUCACCGUCUUGGAAACCAUAGGGCAGCACAUAAUUCGAAGGAAAAUCAGCCUCAGAAAACAGUGGCUACAAAGUUUCCCCUUCUGGAACGAGUCAAAGGCAAAUCAUCCGAGCAAAUGAAAAUGUUAGAGGAAUGUUUCCAGAAAACUAGCUUUCCUUCACAGGUUGAGAUUGAAAACCUUGCAGCCGACACCAGACUGUCAAAAACUGAAAUUGACGGGUGGUUUACAGAGCGCCGUGCUCUUCGUGACAACCUUGAAAAAGCUCUGCUUAACUCCUUGAGCUCUAAAAAAGUUGACAGAGGUUCUUUCAAUGGUGUACACGAGCAGGAAAAUCGGACCAGGUCAUCUCCUCUUCCCGUGUUAACCACAUCCGUUUACUUGGAAAUUGACAGCAAGUCUCUUUGUCUUUUGAAAGAGGUUUUUUCACAAACACAAUGGCCAUCACCAGAAGAAUAUAACCAACUGGAACUUCAGACAGGGUUGCCUCGCACAGAAAUCGUACGCUGGUUUAAGGACAACCGAUCUGCACUAAAGAACGGAACUUUGGAAUGGAUGGAGCAGUACGAGCGUCUAAACAACAGAAAACACUAUGAGCAGAACAGCUUGCUCAGCACAGAGCCAGCACAAAGUGUUCUGCAGAGAAGUUUUAAAGAGGCUAAGCUACUAAAACAAGAGGAUGAUGAGCAGCUGGUGGAGAGGUCGAAACUCAUCAACCAGGACAUUGUGAACUGGGUUGCCAGUAAACUUGGUCACAACAUACAGGACAGCAUAAAAAAGGACCAACAUGGACUGGUUACUGUGGACAAUGGGAGAUGGAUUAAGGUUUCUAUGGGUGCUGAGAAUGGAAGAAAAGAUUCUGAGGCACAAAAAGAGGUCUCAAAUUUUAAAAUCUUGACCCAAGAACACACAGUAUCAGAAGAAAUCAAGGAAGGGCAGAGCAUAGGCUGCUGUGACUAAUUUGAAAGAGGAAAAACUACAUUAACCUACUUGGAACCAAUGAUUUAAUACCUGGACUUUGAUAUUAUACAAAGAGAAAACGACUGAGAUGUAUGUAAGCACUGGCCAGGGACUGACCAUGGAGUGCCAAAGUCAGACUGCUAUGUUAAUGAGUAUUGUUUUGGAAUUUCAUUUUUUAGGUUUUGUUUUUAGCAAACAAGCCCUUGUAAAUAUGUUUUGAACAGAUUUGUAAAUUUUUCUGAGGAUGAGAAUUUUGUUACCUUUAUAAUAUUGUAGAUAUACCCGAGUAAUUUUGCUAAACCCUACAUUGGAAACAUUAGGCCUUCUUGUGAAAGGGCAGUAAACCUAUUUACCUGCUGAUUAAUACAGUGCACUGAAAAAGUAUUUGGUGGACUCCUAAUUUCCUCUAGUUUUUGCAUAUUUGUCACAGUAAAUUGUGUCAGAUUAUAUAGAGAGAGGCAGAACAUGGAAACAGUUUUGAAAAGGUUUUAUUAGUAUUUAUUUUUCACAUCACUGUGAAAAGGCCACUCCUCACUAAAUGACUUUAUUUAACCAUGUUGUAGUGCUUUCAGGCAUUAACUGCCUGUGUUUUAUUGUCCUGCCACUUCAUCUCAAUGGGGUUCAAGUCGGAACAUGCCGAGUUAAAAGUGGACUUGCUCUGACUGUUGCAGAACUCAUUUGCGCUUUAGUCUCAGAUCACAGACUAAUUACCGAGAUUGUCCUGGUUGAGAGCAGAAAUUAUGGCUGUAUCAAUUAUGGCAACUUGUCCAGGCCCUGAAGCAGCAAACCAUCACACAACCACAGCCAUAAGUCACUGUUGGUCUUGUAUUGUGUAUUGUGGAAUGCUAUAUAAAUUUUACACCAGCUGUAACAGGACCCAUGGCUGCAUCCGAAAUCGCAUACUUAAGUAGUACGUACUAGAUUCAAGGCAGUGCGCACUGCUCGGCCGGUAAAGCAGUAAGCUCUUUCAGUACGCAAGUGUGCAGUAUGCACGCAACCUCGUACGUACUAUGUCCAACAUCUUACCAAUGUCAUGUGAUGCAUGACGUUUCAUCACCACAGUUAUAACAAUUUCAAAGUCGGACAACAUUAAUUCUGUCGUUCUCCACAAAGCUACUCAUAACGUUAUUCAGGGUUGUACUUAAUCACAAAAUUUUUAAUGUUUGUGUUUUUCCGCCAUCUUUAUUUUUCGCUACGAACACCUUUGCAGCUCAAGUUGAGUUAUGGGAUAGAUUAGUGGACCGCAAGUGUGCCGUGUUUGCAUACUCAAAAAUGGCUGCCCAGGCAGUAGGUCAUCCAGGUACUUUAGCGUACUGUUUAAUGUAUAUUACGUAUUCGGACAUACUACCUGCUCUCGCGUAUUGCUUUCACUUACUGUUCAGUAUGGAAGUAUGUGAUUUUGGACGCAGCCCAUCUUCCAGAUAGCACUUUUAUUUCAGGCUUGUGGGACAUCAAAGUGUGUUAUUUCAUGAUGCCGUGUUUGCCCGGUCUAGAUAAACUCAUCAACACUGAUCUUAUCAGACUCGGGGUCUGCAGCUCCAUAGAUGGUCAUCUUGAUUUUUUUUUUUUACUUACUUGAUAAACUGUCAAUGUGUUAUUAGAGGACGUUUUAUAGACUAGUGACAGUAGACAUUGCUAGAAAGGUUUGGCCCGAGUGAUUAAAUUUGACAAGGCUGGCAGUAAUUAAGCCUGGGUCUGUUUAGUAACCAGGCUUUUACAAAGGCUUAACAUCAAGUACUUGAUCACACAGGGCCAGUUAGUUUUGAAAAACAUUUCUGUGAAAUGAUAAGUAUUAGUAACAUUUUCUUUGUCAUAUUAACUUUUGUUUGAAUAUCUAUAACGAUUAGAUGUGAUGAAUAUGCAAAACAGAAGAAAUUAGAAAGGAAGUAAAUGGUCGCUGCACUGUAUGGUCAAUAUGGCACUUAAUUAUUCAGGUGUGAAAGACAAGCGGUGCUCUUACAAAACUCAUUCUCAUUCCUUAAACCAGGUGAAAAUAAGGACUUUUCCUUGGACCACAGAUUUAUUGCCUGUGCCUCAUACUGUAUUUACCGUUGAUAUAAUCAAAAGUGAAAUCAGUGGCACAAAACUCCUUUCUUUGUAGUUACUUCUUGCCAUAUUACUGCCACAGAUAAAUGCAGUGGCUUUUUUCCUGAGAGUACCAUUUUAGCAUCUGUUAGCUCUAGCCUGCUUCAAAGUAGCGCUUCUUUACCCAUGUUGCCUCUGGUUUUUGUGUCAUGUUCAGACAUGUUUGGAAUACUGUAUGGCUAUUACAAAUCAUGCUUGCUCUUUCUUUGAACAGUCUGCUGUAACUCAAUAAAACAACAGAUUAAAACUA